UGAUCAACACUGCACAGGGAUGACUUCAUAUGGACGAUGGCACGAUAGCAGCUGCACAUACAACUAUAAGGCGGUCUGCUGUGAUGUGAGAGGGCUGAAUGUGACUUUUGUCUUCAUUAACGACUCCAUGACCUGGACUGAGGCCCAGAGCUACUGCAGAGAACACCACACAGACCUGGCCAGUGUGAGAGACCUGACAGAGAACCAGAAGGUCCAGGAGCUGGUUCCAGAAGGAAAAAGAGUCUGGAUCGGCCUUUUCAGAGACUCCUGGAAGUGGUCCGAUGGAAGUAACUCCUCGUUCAGCCACUGGCUGUCAGGGGAACCUAAUAACAACGCGGGGGCGGAGGCUUGUGCAGCAGUUGUUUUCGGGUCCUCUGGAAGAUGGAUGGAUGUGCUCUGUGACCAGAUGUAUCCAUUCAUCUGCUACGGUCCAGGUGAGUGGUAACCCCUGAUUCAAACACUAUCUAUAUCAGAUUUAGGUUUACUUUAGCAUCAAAUGACACUAAAUGUGAACACUCAGGAUGCUGGUGUUAGCGUGCAGUGUGACCAACUGCAGAUAAUCAGUUUGUGUUGACUUCAAUGUGAGAAU